AUGUCGAUACCCACCGUCUCGUGCAAUGUCAGAGGCACCCUCUUCCGGGCUCUCUGGUUAUACAAAUCACCGUCGGCAGGAUUCUAUCCAUGGAUCCGCCUAUUAGGCGAUGCAGUCGUAUACACCCAAUCAUUGUCGACGGCAACUUGUUACCGCAGGCCAAGGGAAGGCUCAUACAAUAUCACAACACCGCCGGAGAACAAGGGAUCGGCUUACCCAGCCACCUCCACGGCAGCAUCUGGUUGUGUCUCCUUUGGAUCCAGUCCAAAGGAUAAUGAUAUCCUUGUUCUCGCCACUGAUGCGAAGGGAAAGACCCCAACCUUACUCUGA